CAGCGCCCCCACUUCCCGCCACCAAGCGACACUACCGUCAUGGCUAUGUUUUUAACAUUUUAAUGGCAGCGAUAACGGUUAGACGUAGUGUAUUUAUCGUCCCCAUCAAGGCGCUUUUUGCAUUGCAGGGGCUUUACCAUAAAGUCGUUGAAGGUGGGGAUGCUAAAGCUCAACUACUUGGUGCAGAUGAUUAUUUGAUUUUCAAACCAGGUGCAAUUGAUGUUUCAAAAUGGAAAAAGAUGGAUUCAAGGUCCAUGGGGAUAACUCAAAAAAUGAUACCAGCACCUCCUUAUACUGUUCUGCAGAUUCUGCGAAGCAGAGGGUUUGAAGCCUACUUAGUUGGUGGAUGUGUGAGAGAUUUGCUUCUCAAGAGACCACCAAAAGAUUUUGAUGUCAUCACCACAGCUGAUCUUAAUCAGAUCAGGAAGCAGUUUCAUCGAAAUGAAGUUGUUGGUAGUCGAUUUCCUGUAUGUAGGGUGCAUAUAAAAGGCUCUGUUGUUGAGGUAACUAGUUUUGAUACUUUGGCCAAGGAUGCGGAAGGAAAAGAAAAAUUUCUCAUCUCCCAUAUGCCUAGAGGCUCUGAUAAAUUGGACCUUGUUCGCUGGAAGAACUCGAUGCAUAGAGACUUCACUAUUAACAGCUUGUUCUUUGACCCUUUUAUUCACAAGAUCUAUGACUACAAUGACGGAAUGAAGGAUCUAUCAGAGCUAAAGUUACGGACGUUAGUACCUGCCCAACUGUCAUUCACAGAGGACUCUGCAAGAAUACUUCGAGGCUUGAGAAUUGCUGCUCGUCUUGGCUUAUCGUUGUCAAAGGAAAUCAAGAGUGCAAUUCUUAAAAAUGGAUCAUCUAUUUCAAGCUUAGGCCAGUUCAGGAUAACCAUGGAGUUAAAUUAUAUGCUAUCAUUUGGGGCAGCUGAAUCUUCGUUCUCCUUGCUUCAUAAAUACCAUCUUCUUGAGAUUUUGCUACCGUCUCAGGCGGCAUACAUUUCUCAACAAGUGACCAGGUCUGGGCAAAGUUCCAUGAUGUUAAUGACACUGCUAUCCCAUUUGGAUAAGUUGGUUGCUUGCGACCGCCCUUCUGGAAAUUGCUUAUGGAUCGGAAUUUUGGCGUUUCACAUGGCACUAGUAAACAAUCCCCAACAUCCUUUUGUCAUCAUGACUUUCGCUUCUGUUCUCUAUCAUCAGAGUUGGGAGUAUGGCCUCAAAUUUGCAAGGAAAUGUGGUCGAGCACCAGUCAGCUUUGAGCCUGAAACUCUAGAGGCAUAUAAGUUCAUUUCUGAUGAUGAGGUUGCUGAAAAAGUAAAACAAUUAGCAAUGCUGGUGGUGGAUUCUAUUGAUGUUUUAGUAGACGUGGAUAGCCUGAACAAAAUGAUGGCGAAGUUUACUGGUUCUCCCUGCUCUGGUUUGGUAUUUAUAUCCAAAUACAAGGGGAAUUCCACUAGACAACUUUUUCAUGUCCUUGCUCAUAAGGUGGAAACCUAUGAAAAGGGCAGGACUUCUUUUGAGAUAAACUAUGACCUGCUCGGAAAGGGGGACUCCCUAGAGACUAGGUUUGUCCUUGGGAAGAUAAUUUUGGAUACUAUGGGAUGUGGAGUUCACCGUGACAGUGAUCCCAAUGAGGACAACUAUGAUGGGUCUUUUAGUCCGAACAAUGAUCAUCUUAUGAACAAAAAGGAGGACAGAAAACAACCACCAUUUUCGUCUAAUUUGGUUCUGCAACAACGCAGUGCCCCAAAGAAGCCUAAAUUGAUUGCAAAACUUUGCAGUAUCAUGCAACAACGCCCAAAGCUAGAUGAAUUUCAGGAUGAGCUAGGUGACCUCCAAGAAGGGGUAUCUACAAAGCAUAUGGAAGUAUUUGACAUUUCUUCUGAUCCAGAAAAUGAGGAUGGUAAGAUGUAUAAGCCAGAAAUUAGUAUGCCUCAAUCACCGGUGCGGAAUUUGAUUCGCAUGCUAGAAACUGUGAUAGAUGAUGAUGCAAAGUCUCCAUCUCAGUUAGAUUCUCAAAAUCUGGAAGAGAGACUUGAGGGAAAUACAGAAGUCGAAUUAGAUCAAUCGAUAGCAGAGCACCAAAGGGAAAGAAAUGAGACUGGGUUUGAUUCGCUUUUGUGGUUUGUUCAAACUAAUUGUAACAGGGCAAUUGAAGAAGCGAGAGAUUCUCCUGCUGACAUGAGAAAAUUAAAUAAGUUUCUUGAUCGCUUUGUGGAUGAACAAGUUCAAAUAAAGAAGGUGAAGAAGCAAUUAGAAACAUAUGAUAAGGUAACUUCUAUUCAUGCAUUUCAAACAGGAGGUAAGCAAUUAGAAGCAUCUAGUUUGACAUCUUCUAUUGGUAAUGAGCAAAUAGAAAGUGAACAAUCAGAAGCUUCUAGUUUGACAUCUUCUAUUGGUAGUCAGCAAAUAGGAGGUGAACAACCGGAAGCUUCUAGUUUGGUAUCAGCAAAUAGAAAGUGA